AUGCCUAGCAAGACCAGAAUCUACAACUGGUACAUUGCCAUGGUAGCAGCGUCUUGUAUGACGCUCUACGGCUUUGACUCCAGUGUUUUCAACGCUCUUCAAGCGUCGGACAACUGGCUCAACUGGUUCAAUCUCGACCUCAAGGAGGACAGUUACACUGUCGGUCUUAUCAACACUUGCUACACCAUCGGUGCCAUCGUCAGUGGUUUCUUCAUUGGUGGUCCUUUGGCUGAUUGGCUUGGACGACGUGCUGGUAUGGGAAUUGGAUGCUUCAUCACCAUCAUCGCCGCUAUUAUUCAGGCAUUUGCACCCAAGGGAAAGCUUGGAGUCUUCAUUGUUGGCCGUGUCCUCAUUGGUAUUGGUCAGGGUACCGCUCUCACUGCCGGCCCUGUUUACAUCGGUGAAAUCUCUCCCGCCGAGAUUCGAGGUCAGGUCAUGACCUUCUGGCAGAUGUUCUACUCAGUCGGUGCUUUCAUCGCCUACUGGAUUAACUUUGCUUGCGGAAAGAACCGAGAGAAGCUUGGUGAAUGGGACUGGCGCAUGGUUGUUAUCUUCCAGGUCCUCGUCCCUACCUUCGUCAUUAUCCUGCUUCCGUUCCAGCCUGAGUCUCCCCGUUUCCUCAUCAAGAAGGGCAAAGUUGAUGAAGCCCGAGCCGCUCUUCGCCGUAUUCGCGAGACCCAGGAGGAGGUUGAUGAAGAGGUCUUGGGAAUCCAGGCUGCCAUCGAGUACGAGAAGGAAGCCAUCAGCCCCGGAUACCGCGCUCUCUUCAAGGAUCCUUCUAUCAGGAAGCGUUUCGGAAUCGCCGUCGUUCUCAACGUUGGUCAACAACUCACUGGCCAAGGUACCCUCAACACAUACUCUACCUCCAUCUACAAGCAGGUUUGGACCUCAACUGAGAAGAUCAACCUCAUCAACGCUCUGUGGGCUACUAUGGGUAUUCUUUUCACUCUGAACGCCGUCUGGACUGCCGAUCGCUUCGGUCGCCGCUGGCUCUUCAUGGUUGGUGCCAUUGGUAUGGCUGUUUGCAUGCUGAUUGUGCCUGUCAUUGGUCUCGCUACACCGGACCCAAAGACAGAACCUUCUGCUAUUGGUAUCGUCGUCAUGCUAUACCUCUUCAUCUUCUUUUACAAGCCUUCAUGGGGUGCUGGUGUCUGGAUGUGGACCAGUGAAGUCUUCUCAGCCAACGUUCGAACCCAGGCCGUCGGUAUGGCCUCUCAGUGCCAGAACGUGGCCAACACCAUCUUCCAGCAAUUCUUCCCUACCUUCCUCGCCAAGACUGGUCUUAAGUGCCUUUUCUUCUUCUUCGCUGUCAACAUCCUCCUCGCCAUCUUUGUUUGGUUCUGUGUCCCCGAGACCAAGGGUAUCUCCCUCGAGCACAUGGACACUGUCUUCGGUGGUGCCGACCACUCCGAGAAGGGAGCACAAAUGCUCGGCGUGGAAGCUUCACACGCCGAGACCCAUAACUUCAAGGACGGAGCGGAGAUUCAGCAGAGCGAGAGGAAGCGCGAAUCUGUUUAA